CGCUUGCUAUAUAUGAACGCAUUCGUCGUCGUUGCCGAAGCAUCAAGGUUCAUCGAUUCAAGCCCUAACCCUAACCCUAACCCUAAUUUCGCAUUGAAUACGCGAGAUUUCUGCGGGGAAGAAAGAUCGAUCGACCGAUCCUAUUAAUUGCUUGAUUUUUUUGGGAAUUUAUUUGAAUUUUUGUGUUUAUGAUUUGUAUCGGAAAGACGAGCGUACCUGCGGUUCGGAUUCCAGUACGAUCGGUUCCAAAAGAGAGGAUUAGGAUUGGGAGGAGGUCGCCGGGGAGGAUGGAGACGGCGGGGGUGGUGAUGAGGUCGCCGGCAGUGGCGGCUGUGGCUGCGACGCCGUUGAUGUUGACGUCCGGGGCGAGUGGGCGGGUGAAUGCGUUGCUCUCGUUGCGGGUGUUGCGGAGCUUGCUGUUGCUUCUCAAUAGUUUGAUACUAUUUCUUCUCCUCCCGUUCCGUCGCCGAGCGCGGUUUGUUGCUGCUGCGGAGAGGCCGUCGUCGGGGGUUGGGGAGGAUAAGAAGGGGGCGGUGGUGGUUAGGGUUCCGGCGGGGAUGGUAGCGAGGAGGAGAGGAAGCGAAGGGGAGGCGGCGGUGAGGAGGGCGAUGGCGAUAAGAAGGGUGGGGGUGAGGGAAGAGAAGGGGGAGGAGAAGAGGAGCAAGAGGGAGUUCGCCAUGUUCUCCACGGCGAGAGGGGAUUCUCUCUUCACCCAAUCCUGGACUCCCGUUGUCAAGGCCACAAGGGGUUUGGUUGUUCUAAUGCAUGGUCUGAAUGAACACAGUGGAAGGUAUAAUCAUUUUGCGACGCAACUGAAUGACCAUGGUUUUAAGGUGUAUGCCAUGGACUGGAUUGGACAUGGUGGAAGUGAUGGUUUACAUGGUUAUGUUCCUUCCCUUGAUUAUGCUGUCAGUGACCUGAAAGCUUUCUUGGAGAAGGUGUUGACCAAUAAUCCUGGUUUGCCCUGUUUUUGCUUUGGACACUCGACUGGUGGGGCUAUCGUUCUCAAGGCUGUACUGGAUCCAAAUAUUGAAUCCCGCAUUCAAGGAGUAGUAUUGACGUCACCUGCCAUUCAUGUUCAACCAUCUCAUCCAAUCAUCGUGAAAUUGGCUCCAAUCAUCUCGUUGAUAGCUCCUAAAUACCAAUUCACUGCUGCAAGCAUGGGCCCUCCUGUUUCUCGCGACCCCGAAGCAUUAAAAGCCAAGUACUCCGAUCCACUUGUGUUCACUGGAUCAAUACGAGUCAGAACCGGAUACGAAAUCCUGCGAAUCACAUCCUACUUGCAGCAGAACUUGAGCAAAGUGAAAACCCCAUUCCUAGUCCUUCAUGGUAAUGACGAUACCAUCACUGCCCCCGAAGCCUCUCGAAGAUUGUACGAGGAAGCAUCCUCAUCUGACAAAUCCAUUAAACUAUACGAAGGACUGUUGCAUGAUCUCCUCUUCGAACCCGAGAAAGAAGAAAUCGCAAAGGAUAUAAUCGACUGGUUGUGCAGCAGACUCGAUGAUUCAAGCAGAGAGCUCGAGAGGUGAAUCUAAUGCUAAUGGCAGUCGGCAAUGUGGCUCAAUUUUUUUAUGACAGCCACUUGGUGAAGCUGGAAGACUGAUUAUGAUCUGAAAUGCAUGUUUAUCAGAAACUUUGUACAUGAAGUGUGAACACUGAUGAGAUUUUUUUAUCAAUCUCAGGCCGCAUUGUUUAUGAGAGCCAGGAACACUUCCUCUUGUUGUAUUAGUGUUCAAUGUCAUUGUCUAUAACAUGUACUUCUCAUUGCCUGAUGGCAUAAUCAACUUCAAUCAGAGCAAACCAAGUUAUUUAUGUGUUUGUAGCUAAUGUUUCCAGCUCUCAGUGGCUGGCAUAUCAUUUACAGCAAGUGAAACACCAUGAUGUCUUUGUUUAUUAA